UUCCUUGCAGCUGCCACGAAAUCAGGACCAAAACUUAAGACGUUGCUAGAUUGUUUUUGUUGCAUCCUAGUGCUCUCUGUGACUGCUGUUUCCUUACCUCACGCUCUGUUGUAAUUUAAAGCUAUGCACGUUUAUUUUGUUUUUUAACAUCUUGAGGCUUUCAUAAUAGCUCGGCCUGCUUCUGCAAGCCGCUUCAUCGUAUCUAAAGCAAGCAGCGGCGGCGCCGAUGGAAGUGUGAGCGAAAACCACAAGUGGCCGCAGAAAGUUCGCCAUGUCUUGCGAUUAUGCAAGCGGGCUGUCCGAAUACGACAAUAAAGGCAUCUGCGGCCAGCCCGAGCAUUUCGAUGAGCCGUCACUGCUCGAAAACAAGAUCGCGCGAUUCGCUGACUGGAUGCAGGCCUCCAAGCACAUCGUAGUGAUCACAGGCGCCGGCAUUAGCACUUCGGCCGGGAUCCCCAACUUCCGCGGUCCCCGUGGAGUCUGGACUCUGGAGCAGCAGGGUGAGAAGCCGCAGGUCAACAUUUCGUUCGACGACGCGCUACCGACUUCCACGCACAUGGCCCUGGUUGAGCUGGCGCGCAGCUGGCAGCUCAAGUUCCUCGUCAGCCAGAACGUCGACGGCCUGCACCUGAAGUCGGGCUUCCCGCCGGACAUCCUCACGGACCUGCACGGAAACAUGUUUCUAGACCGAUGCAACCAGUGCGGUUGGAAGUUCGUGAGGACUACGGCGACCAAGUCAGUCGGCCAGAAGCCCACCGGUGCGUCGUGUGCCGUGCCCAAGAAGAACGGUCGGAUGUGUCGCAGUCACCUGCACGAUUCUAUCCUGGACAGGGAGCACGAGCUGCCCGAGGACGGGAUCGAAGCAGCCGACCUGCACUGCAGAGCCGCCGACCUUAUCCUGUGCCUAUGCUCGACGCUCCAGAUCAUGCCGUGCGGCGCGCUGCCCCUUCUGGCCAAGAAGACUGGAGGCAAGGUCGUUAUCUGCAACGUGCAGCCCACGAAGAUCGACAAGUCGGCCGACUUGAUUCUGCGCGCCUACGUCGACUACGUCAUGGAAAAACUGAUGAAGCGCCUGGGAAACGCGAUACCGGCCUACUCUGCCGCUUGCGACCCGAGGAAAAUCAAACGCGAAGCCCCUAUGGAGUAUCCAAAGUUGAGACUGCCGGAGGCCAAGGCGCCUGCACCUCGCAAGUACAAAAAGAAACCCCCGAAGAGUUAA